AUGUAUCCUGCUGCUGGUUUGCCUCAUCGAGCGGACGAGGACGGGUGGUACGAAGGGAUGUUCAUUCCCAAGGGAAGCGUGCUCAUCGCGAAUAUAAUGCCCUGUAACCGAGACCCCUCCGUGUACGGAGACGAUGCCGACAUCUUCAGGCCCGAGCGCCAUCUCACCGACGACGGCCAGCUCAAGCCCGCGCCUCCGGUCACGAAGGAUCAUGGACACGUAUCGUUCGGAUUUGGCCGCCGCGUCUGCGUUGGACAGCAUGUUGCCGAGGAUGCGCUGUUCAUCGCCGUAGCUGUGCUGUUAUGGGCGUUCAAUUUCGCAAAGGCUCGCGAUGAGAAUGGUCGGGAGAUUGAUGUUGAUGCGGCGGGAUACGAUGCAACACAUCUCGCUCUCAAAGCCAACCACUACCAGUGCCGCAUUACGCCUCGCUUCUCUGAAGUCAACACGAUUCUUGCCGAGGAGAAGGAGUUGUUGUCGUCGUGA